GUAGCGCUGGACAAAAACAACAGGAAGCAGCUAAAGCUGCAGUCAGAGUUAGCAUUAGCAGCAGCAGCUGCACGGGGAAAGAAGAGCAGCUCCUGAAAAGUGAAGAACAAAGGUCACGGAAAAUCUGUGGGGCGACAAGUUUUCUUCUGUGAGUCCGUUCACAGCUCACAGCAGUUCACAGCAGUUCGACAUCUUGCUGGAACUUAAAAAUGUCUAUACCUGUGCAAAUCAAAAAACUGCUGAAAGAUUACCUGGAAGAGCUGAGUGCAGACAGGCUGAGGGUAUUUCAGUGGUACUUGGCCCUGAAUGAGGUAGAGGGAUCCCGACCCAUCCGCCAGCCCGAGCUGGAGGGCGCAACCAGAGAGGAUACUGUGGAUAAACUGGUGCAGGCUUACGGGGAAGACGGUGCUGUGCAGGUGACUGUGGACAUCCUGUUUAGGAUGGGACAGAAUGACCUGGCACAGAGGAUAACUCAAGCCAAAAUAGACAGAGGGACAGAAGAACAGCACGAGCCUUCCACUGCGAGAGGGAACCAGAGGGAUGCAGACUGGUCUGCCGCUCAGGACCUUACCUGUCCGGUUUGCUUUCUGGUUUUCAGCGAGCCUGUGGUGCUGCAGUGCGGCCACAGCUUCUGCAGGGCCUGCCUGAACCAGAGCUUGACGGGGAAAGUCUGUCUGAAAUGCCCGCUUUGUCAGAAAGUGGCGUCUGGCGCUGAACCUCCGAUUAACUUUGCUCUCAGGAGCUUGAGUGAAAACUACAGGAAGAGAAGUUCUGGUGAAUCAUCAGGAGGAGACAGAAAUGGCUCAGAGUCACAGAAUCAGCCUCCUUCCGAGAGCAUCCAAGAGAAGAGGGACGCUUUUGAAAGAGUCAAACGAUUUUGUGAUUCAUCAGCUGAGCGCAUCAAGAGCCAGAGCCGCGACGCAGAGAAGAAGAUUAAGGACGACUUUGAGGAGCUCCACGCCUUCCUCAAGACGGAGGAAGCGACCAGGCUGGCGGCGUUAAGAGAAGAAGAGAGUCAGAAGAUCCGUUUGACGCAGCUGAAUGCAGAGAUGAGCAGAAACACGUUCUCGCUGUCCGACACUGUGGCAGAAAUGGAAGCCUGUGGUGCUGACAGCUCGCUCACACAGGACUUUAGGACAAACUUGGAAAGGACUCAGAACACGCUGCCAGACCCAGAAAGUCUUCCUCUGUCCAUAAAUGUGUCCAAGCAUGUGGAAAACCUUCAGCUCGAAGUCUGGGAGAAGAUGGGGAGCAUCGUAAAACGUUCCCCUGCGGUUCUGGACCCUACCCCUCCACCUUUAUGGCUCUAUCCGUUCAAUACCACUGAGGUGACAGUCACAGAUACAUGGCGGCAGCGUCCUGGAAGCCCAAAAUGCAACACAGCUCUUCCACUGCUUCUUAACUUGAAGAAUAUUGAUGUGUUUCAUUUCAAAGAUGAGAGUGACGAUGAUUUAUACGGGUAGCUUGUAGUCUGUGUAGCAUGGCUGUACACUCUUGGUCUUAUCUCUUAAUGAACUGAAGUAAAGAUGUUAAAUGGGGAAUAUCAGUUUAUCUUAAAAUUGGGUGUUUUCAGACCAGAUGUUACACACUUUAAAACUUGCAAUCCAUUGUCUUUGUAGCGAUAUACUACUAAUGUGAGAAACUGUUUCCUUUUUACUUGAUGCAAAGUCAUUCCGUUAACUCGAUCAAUGUACAAUUUACCUGUAGGAGCCAAAUAUGUGUGUCAUUCACUGAUGUGAACAUGGGGUGUCGCUGUAAUGCCAGCCUAUUUGGGCUUACCUAUAAAGGUAGAAGGAAGUAUGUUGACGUCAGGUGUUCAACCCGGAAGGGGCAAACGGUUUUUGACUGCUGUGGCGCGGAGGGAUUACUGCAAAGCUGUAUGUUUGGUCUUUGAUAUCUGUCACGAUCGGUGCAUAAGAAAGCAAUAAAGUAUUGUCAUGUUGCAACAAGC